AUGGAAACCACACAAUAUAAGAAUCUCAGAUUCGAUAAUUCUCUCACUACCACCCAAAAUUUCACUGUUUCUCAUUGUUCAUUUUAUAAUCUUUAUAAUACAGAAGCAGGUGGAUCAAUUCACAUCGAAAAACGAUCGAAUCUCAUUUCAGUAUCAAAAUGCAUAUUUUGGAAUAGUACAUCACUUGGAAGAGGCGGCGCAAUUUACGCUCAAGUAUUUGAACUCAUAAUCUCUUCGAAUUGCUUCGGAUUGUGCGUGGGAGGCAAAACUAAUGGAUGUGAUGGAUCUACUAUUUAUGCUGAAACUGAAAACGGUAUUACUUUCCACGAAAUGAAUUCAUAUCAAAGUUGCCCUGACCAUUCAAGGACCACUUGGUACGGAUUAUGCAUUUUCUGGCAUAACAACCAAACUUCUUUAGAUAUAAACGUCUCACAUUCAACGGUAGAUUAUUCUGCAGGAUUAGCUCACGGAAAUAGCAAGAUUCUCAAAGUACGAAGAUACAUAGCAGUCGAUGAGAGGAAAGGUGCUGCUCUUUCUUUCUCUUAUCAGCAAAAAACUGUUGGAGAUGCAAUUUACGGUGCUUUUGUGAACAACUCAUGCUCCCAAGGCAUCAUCUAUCUACAAGGAGCAGAUGCUGUUGUCAAAAACUUUGUUUUUUACAGGAAUUCCGGAAGAAUUUUGUCUGAAAUUCAAGGUGGAGGCUGCCAUUUGUACGAUUGCGUAUUUGAUUCACCUAAAUUCAACUUUGACAACGUUCUGAGAACAGGAGUUGGCUUAGUUUUCGAUAAAACAGACAUUAAUUUGACAAUUUCUGGAUUCAGAGAAGUUGACUGCGAAAAAGUUGGAAAUAUAGUUGUUGUUGCUAGUGAUUUCCAGGUUCUUUUGGUUGCUAUCUUUGUUUUCUUGUUUAUUAUUGGAGCUGCUUUUGCUAUUGCUCAAUUGGUGCAUUUCGCUAAAUCUAGGCCUAUUAGUAUGUAUACAACGCUUAGAACUAAAUAG